GUAGUAGCCGUCCCCGGACCGGGCGGGCUGGGCUAGGCUGGCUUGGCUUAGGUUGAGCUGGGCUGCUGAGCCCAGCUCAGCCUGGGAGACCCUGAUGGCUGCGGUGUUUCUAGUAACGCUCUAUGAGUAUUCGCCGCUUUUCUACAUCGCAGUGGUCUUUACCUGCUUCGUCGUGACCACUGGCCUGGUCUUGGGAUGGUUUGGUUGGGAUGUUCCAGUAAUUCUGAGAAAUUCAGAAGAGACCCAGUUCAACACAAGAGUUUUCAAAAAGCAAAUGAGACAAGUCAAGAAUCCUUUCGGCUUAGAGAUCACUAAUCCAUCUUCAGCUUCACUUACAACUGGCAUAACUUUGACAACAGAUUGCCUUGAAGAUAGCCUCCUAACAUGCUACUGGGGAUGCAGUGUUCAAAAAUUAUAUGAAGCUCUACAGAAGCACUUUUAUUGCUUCCGAAUAAGCACUCCACAAGCAUUGGAAGAUGCGCUAUAUAGCGAAUAUCUCUAUCAAGAACAGUAUUUUAUUAAAAAAGACAGCAAAGAAGAAAUAUAUUGCCAGUUACCAAGAGAUACUAAAAUUGAAGACUUUGGUACAGUGCCCAGAUCACGCUAUCCAUUGGUAGCUCUGUUGACCUUAGCAGAUGAGGAUGACCGAGAAAUUUAUGAUAUUAUUUCCAUGGUGUCAGUAAUUCAUAUUCCUGAUAAGACUUACAAACUUUCCUGCAGAAUAUUAUAUCAAUAUUUACUCCUGGCUCAAGGUCAAUUUCAUGACCUUAAGCAACUUUUCAUGUCUGCAAAUAAUAAUUCCACUCCCUCCAACAAUUCCUCACAAGAAGAAAGAAACAUAGACCGAAGUUUGUUAGAAAAAGCUGGACUAUCUGAAAGUGAAGCAGAGCCUCCUGAGGAGAAUACCAAGGACUGUGUUGUUUGUCAAAAUGGAACUGUGAACUGGGUACUCUUGCCGUGUAGACACACGUGCUUGUGUGAUGGCUGUGUUAAGUAUUUUCAGCAGUGCCCAAUGUGCAGGCAGUUUGUUCAGGAAUCUUUUGCACUUUGCAGUCAAAAGGAACAAGAUAAAGAUAAACUGAAAACUCAUUGAGGAUGUUGUUACAACUGAAGAAUACACCUUCCACUGAAGAGGCAGAAAUUUGUGUUCUUGGAAUUAAUCAUAACAUGGAAUCUACAAUAUUGACUGUCGGUGUUUUAAUGCAUAUUUGUGUGGUAUACAAAAAUUAAUUAUUCCUUUUCUGUUCAGUGUGGUACAUACUGAAAUGCCAUCUGUAUUAAUAUAUAAAAAUCCACUCAGCUCUUGAGAAGGAUGCUUUAUCAGCUAAAAGAGUUCAUAUAAUGUAGAUUAGAAAAAUUCUGAAAAACAAUCCAUCUAAAAUUUGAGGAGGUAAAAGUCUUAAGAUUUCUGAAUGUUUUUCUUUUGACAUAAUCUGGAGUGCAAUUGG